CAGGAAGAGAAAAGAAAUGGCAACUAGAACCGGCAAAGGGGAUUGGCCUGACGAUUUGUUGACUGAGAUUCUCCUGCGGCUGCCCGUUAAGGCUAUCAUUCGUUUCAAAUGCGUAGCAAAAACAUGGUACUCUCUCUUUGAAAGCCCCAGUUUUGCUUCUCAGCAUCUUAGUAUUAGUAAGAAGAACAAGCGUUUUCUUAUUUGCCAUACCGAUACUUCUGGAAACCUUGUUAUGCGCUUGUUUGUGGAUCAAACACUUGUUUCUUAUCAAGAUCUGUUUCCACAAAUGCCCCAACAUAUCGGUGAUGAAUAUCCCAUUAUUUGUAUCUAUGAUGGAUUACUUUGUUUAUGUAAUACCAAACCCAAUUACAUAACUCUAUGGAAUCCUUUCACGAGAGAAUUCAGACUUCUCCCGCAAUGUAAUGAAAACAUGCCGCCCCAGAUCGAAACUUUUGGACAUGUUAUCGGAUUUGGAUGGGAUUCUUUUUCAAAUGAUUACAAAGUGAUUUACCAGCGGACCUAUAUUGAUUUGGAGGAGGAUAUAGGUAAAACUCACCAUGCAGUUUACAGGAUGAGCACUGAUUCUUGGAGGGUAUUAGAAGGAAAAGAUGUUGAAGCCUUUGAAGAAUUAGCAAUUUGUAACAGCGACAGCAACACAUGUGUAAAUGGUGUUUAUUAUUGGGUGGCAUUCAAGAUUCUUCACUACCAUAAGGUCCUUGCAUUUCACUUUGGCAAUGAAGUUUUUCAAUUGAUAGAUUGGCCAACUGUUCCUGAACCUCAAUAUUCAAAUGGGCAAUUGUGUCGGCUACCUGACGAUCGCAUCUCUUUAUGGAUUUCUCAUUUUGAUGAGAACGGCAAAAGUAAUGAUGUUUGGGUGCUGAACGAUGAGGGGCAGUACUGGACCAAACUUUUAAGUAUUGGACCUCUUUUAGGAGUUGAGAGGAUGUUCGGGUUUUUCAACAAAAAGAUUAAUGGUAGUAUUAAGGUAUUUGUAGAAGCUAUAAGUGAACAAUUAUUGCUUUAUGACCUUGAUACCCAGGAAUUCAAAGAUCUCAAUAUUAGAUUAAGGCAAGUUUGGGAUUGCCUUGAAGUUUACACUUACGAGGAGAGUCUUGUUGCUCUCAGUAGAGAUCGCAUCUUGUAACAAAUAGCCAAAUAUUAGUGAUGAAGUGGUAAUUGAUGAAGGCCAAAUGAAUGAGUUUAUCUUUCAGGUUU